ACUCCAAAGAGGCAGGACGAGACCGUAGUUUACUCUGCAUCGAGCGGCUGCGAGGUUGCAAUGAAACUGCGGUAAACAAACUCACCGCUGUAAAGAACUGCAGUGCUUCAGAGUUGCAUACACCUCAAAUUUACGGUGCAGAGUUGUUGGUGACCCUUAAGCCGUCAGGAUGGUGGCGCUGUCUCUGAAGAUCUGUGUGAGGCAGUGUAAUGUGGUGAAGACCAUGCAGUUUGAGCCCUCAACGGCUGUAUAUGACGCAUGCCGGGUCAUCAGAGAGAGGGUUCCAGAAGCCCAGACAGGACAAGCUUCAGAAUAUGGGCUGUUUCUGUCAGACGAAGACCCUAGGAAAGGCAUCUGGCUAGAAGGAGGCCGGACGCUGGAUUAUUACAUGCUGAGAAAUGGAGACAUAUUGGAGUAUAAGAAAAAACAGAGGCCUCAGAAGGUAAAAAUGCUGGACGGAGCUGUGAAGACCAUCAUGGUGGACGAUUCUAAAACUGUUGGCGAGCUGCUGGUCACCAUCUGCAGCAGAAUAGGAAUCACCAACUAUGAAGAGUACUCUCUCAUUCAGGAAACUGUGGAGGAGAAGAAAGAUGAAGGGACGGGCACACUGAAGAAAGACAGAACUCUGCUGAGAGAGGAGAGGAAGAUGGAGAAGCUCAAAGCCAAACUGCACACAGAUGAUGACUUGAAUUGGUUGGAUCAUGGCCGUACAUUUAGGGAACAGGGAGUCGAAGAAAGUGAAACGUUACUUUUGAGACGAAAGUUCUUCUACUCCGAUCAAAACGUGGACUCGCGAGAUCCUGUGCAGCUCAAUCUGCUCUACGUGCAGGCACGUGAUGACAUUCUGAACGGUUCUCAUCCGGUGUCGUUUGACAAGGCUUGUGAGUUUGGGGGAAUUCAAACGCAGAUCCAGUUCGGUCCUCAUAUUGAACAUAAACACAAGACUGGAUUUCUGGACUUGAAGGAGUUUCUGCCUAAGGAAUAUAUCAAACAGAGAGGAGCGGAGAAGAAGAUCUUUCAGGAACACAAGGGUUGUGGUGAAAUGACUGAGAUUGAAGCCAAAGUGAAGUAUGUGAAGCUUGCAAGAUCCCUCAGAACAUAUGGAGUGUCUUUCUUCUUGGUGAAGGAAAAAAUGAAAAGUAAAAAUAAGCUGGUGCCAAGGCUACUGGGUGUAACCAAAGAGUCAGUGAUGCGAGUGGAUGAGAAGACCAAAGACGUGGUUCAGGAGUGGCCUCUUACUACAGUGAAGAGAUGGGCCGCCUCACCCAAGAGCUUUACACUGGAUUUCGGGGAGUAUCAGGAAAGCUACUACUCUGUUCAAACCACUGAGGGGGAGCAGAUUUCUCAGCUUAUAGCUGGUUACAUCGAUAUCAUUCUCAAGAAGAAACAAAGUAAGGACCGGUUUGGUUUAGAGGGAGAUGAGGAGGCCACCAUGUUAGAGGAAUCCGUUUCUCCAAAAAAAUCCACUAUAUUGCAGCAGCAGUUUAACCGUGUGGGACGGGUCGAGCAUGGCUCUGUGGCACUGCCUGGCAUCUUGAGGUCUGGUUCUGUUGGGGCAGAAACGCUGAACAUGGGUACAAUGCCUGCUCCACAACAACAGAUCACAACUGGACAGAUGCAUCUUGGACACAUGCCACCACUGAGUGCAGCCCAGCAGGCUCUUGUGGGAACCAUUAACACCAGUAUGCAGGCGGUGCAGCAGGCGCAGGACGAUCUGGAGGAGGUGGAGGAGCUGCCACCACUUGGGGAUGACAUGGCUUCUAAGAUGUGGAUUCAGAACAAAAUGGACGAGUCCAAGCAUGACAUUCACUCUCAGGUGGAUGCCAUCACAGCUGGAACUGCCUCUGUGGUCAAUCUGACUGCCGGUGACCCAACAGACACUGAUUACACUGCAGUGGGCUGUGCCAUCACCACCAUUUCCUCAAACCUGACAGAGAUGUCGAAGGGAGUGAAGCUGCUGGCGGCUCUGAUGGAGGAUGAGGUUGGCAGUGGGCAUGAUCUGAUGAGAGCUGCCAGGACCCUAACCGGAGCCGUUUCUGACCUGCUCAAAGCUGUCGAGCCCACGUCAGGAGAGCCUCGACAGACUGUUCUGACUGCAGCCGGCAGCAUUGGUCAGGCCAGUGGAGAUCUGCUCAGACAGAUUGGAGAGAAUGAAACCGAUGAGCGCUUCCAGGAUGUGCUGAUGAACUUGGCAAAAGCUGUGGCCAAUGCAGCAGCUAUGAUGGUUCUGAAGGCCAAGAACGUGGCGCAGGUUUCUGAAGACAGCGUGAUGCAGAACAGGGUUAUCGCUGCUGCCACCCAGUGUGCCCUUUCCACUUCACAACUAGUGGCCUGUGCCAAGGUUGUGAGCCCCACGAUCAGCUCUCCGGUAUGUCAGGAGCAGCUGAUUGAAGCAGGGAAACUGGUGGAUCGUUCGGUUGAAGGUUGUGUGAAGGCCUGUCUGUCGGCCACCAGCGAUGGAGAGCUCCUUAAGGCUGUCAGCGCAGCAGCCGGUAUCGUCACACAGGCUCUAAGUGACCUCCUCACACACGUCAGGAACUACGCUACCCGCGGAGAGCCCAUUGGACGCUACGACCAGGCCACAGACACCAUCAUGAACGUCACAGAGAACAUCUUCAGCUCUAUGGGGGAUGCUGGUGAGAUGGUCCGGCAGGCGCGGGUUCUUGCCCAGGCGACCUCUGACCUUGUGAACGCCAUGAGAUCAGAUGCUGAGGUGGAGGUGGAUGUCAACAACUCCAAGAAGCUUCUUGCGGCUGCCAAACUGCUGGCAGAUGCCACUGCUCGAAUGGUUGAGGCUGCAAAGGGAGCCGCUGCAUACCCUGAAAACGAAGACCAGCAGCAGAAGUUGCGUGAGGCUGCAGAGGGUCUGCGUGUGGCCACCAAUGCUGCGGCACAGAACGCCAUUAAGAAGAAACUCAUAACAAGACUGGAGAAUGCUGCUAAACAGGCCGCUGCUGCUGCCACUCAAACCAUUGCGGCGUCCCAGAACGCAGCAGCUUCUAACAAAAACACAGCAGCCCACCAACAACUGGUUCAGAGCUGCAGGGCUGUAGCUGACCAUAUCCCUCAGCUGGUGCAGGGAGUGCGUGGCAGUCAGGGGCAGCCAGAGGAUGGAAGUGCACAGCUCGCUCUCAUCAUUGCCAGCCAGAACUUCCUUCAGCCUGGAAGUAAGAUGGUGUCUUCAGCAAAAUCCUCGGUGCCAACUGUGACUGAUCAGGCUGCAGCCAUGCAGCUGGGGCAGUGUGCGAAGAAUCUGGCCACCACCCUGGCUGAACUCCGCACCGCUGCACAGACGGCUCAUGAGGCUUGUGGCCCGAUGGAGAUCGACUCUGCCCUCAUCGCAGUGCAGACACUUAAGAAUGAACUCCAGGAUGCUAAAAUGGCUGCUUCUGAGGGGCAGUUGAAACCUUUACCUGGAGAGUCCUUGGAAAAGUGCGCUCAGGAUCUGGGUGGUACAUCUAAGGCUGUUGGUUCCUCAAUGGCUCAACUGCUUACCUGUGCAGCACAGGGAAAUGAGCAUUACACUGGUGUAGCCGCUAGUGAAACAGCACAAGCACUGAAGACAUUAGCUCAGGCCGCAAGGGGUGUUGCUGCCACCACAUCAGAUCCCGCUGGAGCAGCUGCCAUGUUAGAUUCUGCUCGUGAGGUUAUGGAAGGAUCCGCUAAACUGAUUUCUGAAGCUAAGGAGGCGCUGGUUGCUCCUGGGGAUGCAGAAAUACAACAGAGACUUGCACAGGUUGCAAAAGCUGUGUCUCACUCGCUGAACGCAUGUGUGAACUGCUUACCUGGACAAAAGGAUGUCGAUAUGGCUCUAAAAAGCAUCGGAGAGGCCAGCAAGAAAUUGCUUGUUGAGACGCUCCCUCAGUGCAGUAAGAGCUUCCAGGAGGCUCAGAGUGACCUGAACCAGACCGCAGCCGAUCUGAACCAGUCUGCAGGAGAUGUGGUCCACGCCUCUCGAGGAACCACUACUCAACUCGCAGACGCUUCUGGAAAGUUCAGUGACAACUUUGAUGAGUUUCUGGAUGCUGGUAUUGAGAUGGCUGGCCAUACUCCGGGUAAGGAUGAUCAGUUGCAGGUGAUUGGAAAUUUGAAGAACAUCUCGAUGGCCUCUAGUAAGCUUCUGCUGGCAGCCAAGUCUUUAUCUGUAGACCCUGGAGCUGGCAACGCAAAGAACCUGCUCGCCGCCGCUGCUAGAUCUGUGACUGACAGCAUCAAUCAGCUGAUUACGAUGUGUACCCAGAAUGCCCCGGGACAGAGGGAAUGUGACAAUGCUUUAAGAGAGCUUGAGGCUGUUAGAGGACUGCUUGAUAACCCAAAUGAGCCGGUCAAUGAUCUCUCCUACUUUGACUGCAUUGAAAGUGUCAUGGAGAACUCUAAGGUACUUGGAGAGUCUAUGGCCGGGAUUUCUCACAACUGUAAAACAGGAGACGUUCCAGCAUUUGGAGACUGUGUUGGUGGAGCGUCUAAAGCUCUGUGUGGACUAACUGAAGCAGCUGGACAGGCUUCUUACCUAGUAGGUGUGUCUGAUCCCAGCAGCCAAGCUGGACAUCCAGGCUUAGUGGAUCCUAUCCAGUUUGCCCGUGCUAAUCAGGCAAUCCAGAUGGCUUGCCAAAAUCUUGUUGACCCAGAUAGUAGUCCAUCACAGGUGCUCUCAGCCGCCACUAUUGUUGCUAAGCACACCUCAGCACUUUGCAACGCUUGUCGACUUGCUUCCUCGAAGACUGCCAACCCUGUGGCAAAACGACAUUUCGUGCAGUCCGCCAAAGAAGUGGCAAACAGCACUGCCAACCUGGUCAAAACAAUCAAGGCAUUGGAUGGUGAUUUUUCAGAGGAAAACCGUGAGAAAUGCCGCAUUGCAACAGCUCCGCUCAUUGAAGCUGUUGACAAUUUGACAACAUUUGCUUCUAAUCCAGAGUUUGCUAGUGUCCCAGCGCAGAUAAGUAGAGAGGGUUCUGCUGCACAGGAACCAAUCAUCCAAUCAGCACGCUCCAUGCUUGACAGCUCCACCCACCUUUUGAAGACAGCACGGUCAUUGGUUAUGAACCCGAAAGAUCCACCCACAUGGUCAUUACUGGCAGGUCAUUCACGCACUGUUUCCGACUCCAUUAAGAGCCUCAUCACAGCUAUCAGGGAUAAAGCCCCUGGCCAGAAAGAGUGUGACUCAGCCAUUGAUAAUAUCAAUAAAUGCAUCCGAGAUAUUGAGCAGGCCUCUCUUGCAGCAGUCAGCCAGAAUCUACCUCGUAGAGAUGAAGUUUCAUCUGAGGCUUUGCAGGAGCAGUUGACCUCAUCUGUUCAGGAGGUCGGUCACCUGAUUGAGCCAAUUACCACAGCAGCGAAAGGAGAGGCAGCACAGCUCGGACAUAAGGUCUCUCAGUUGGUCAGUUACUUCACUCCUCUGGUCUCAGCCUCUAUGGGCAUAGCCUCUAAAACUUUAGACCACCAGCAGCAGAUGAACCUUCUGGAUCAGACCAAGACCCUCGCCGAGUCUGCUCUACAAAUGCUCUACGCUGCCAAGGAGGGUGGUGGAAACCCAAAGGCGUCUCAUACUCAUGAUGCCAUAGCAGAAGCUGCGCAGUUAAUGAGGGAAGCUGUUGAUGACCUCCUGCUGACCCUGAAUGAAGCUGCUAGUGAGGUUGGCAUGGUCAGUGGCAUGGUGGACUCCAUUGCUGAUUCCAUGGGCAAGCUGGGUGAAGGCACCCCACCAGAGCCAGAAGGUUCAUUUGUGGAGUAUCAGACUACCAUGGUGAGAUACUCCAAAGCUAUUGCUGUCAGUGCCCAAGAGAUGAUCACGAAAUCAGUCAGUUCUCCAGAGGAUCUGUGCAGUUUGGCGUCUCAGGUCACUGCAGACUACAGUCAGCUUGCAGUUCAGGGUCGUCUGGCCUCUGCUACUGCUGAACCAGAGGAGAUCGGGUUCCAGAUCAAGACACGUGUUCAGGAACUGGGCCACGGCUGCAUAGUGCUAGUUCAAAAGGCUGGAGCGCUGCAGAUCAGUCCUACAGACUCGUUCACCAAGAGGGAACUCAUUGAGUGUGCACGAGCCGUCACUGAGAAGGUGUCUAUGGUGCUGUCUGCGUUGCAAGCUGGUAAUAAAGGCACUCAAGCCUGUAUCACUGCGGCCAGUGCUGUAUCCGGCAUCAUCGCUGACCUGGACACCACCAUCAUGUUUGCUUCAGCUGGCACGCUCAACGCUGAGAAUGAUUCAGACUCCUUUGCCGAUCACAGAGAAAAUAUUCUGAAGACCGCCAAAGCUCUGGUUGAGGACACAAAGAACCUUGUUUCAGGUGCUGCGUCGAGUCAAGAAAAGCUGGCUCAGGCCGCCCAGUCCUCUGCCAAGACCAUCACGCAGCUUACAGAUGUGGUGAAACUGGGAGCUGCCAGUAUAGGUCCCGAUGACCCAGAAACACAGGUGGUGUUGAUCAAUGCAGUGAAGGACGUCGCUAAAGCUUUAGCUGAGCUCAUUAGCGCCACCAAGUGUGCAGCAGGAAAAGCAGCCGACGACCCGUCCAUGUUCCAGCUCAAGAGUGCAGCCAAGGUCAUGGUAACUAAUGUAACAUCCUUACUGAAAACCGUAAAAGCAGUGGAGGAUGAGGCUUCAAGAGGAACCAGAGCGCUGGAGGCCACUAUUGAGUGCAUCAGACAGGAGCUCACA